ACGAGAUAAAUCAUGUAUACAAAGAUCUUUCUGUAUUUGGUAUUGCUGAAGUGUUGUGACUCCCUUUCCCGUCAAUCUAAUAUUGUCUUCCAAAACAACGGUUACAGCAAUGUCUUACUGGCAAUCCAUGACAGUGUUACGGACGAAACUAUUCUAGAUAAAAUUAAGGAUGCAUUUACUAAAGCAUCAUCAACAUUAUUCACGGCAACCAAGAAGAGAGCUUUUUUUAAGGAGAUUGUUAUACUAGUUCCAAAUAGUUGGAAGGACGGUCCCGGGAUUACACCAGCAGCCGCAGGACAGACUUUGCAAUAUGCGGACAUUAUUGUUUCAGCACCACUACCUACACAUAGAAACUUUCCCUAUACCCGAUCGUACGCAGCCUGUGGUCAUUCUGGAAUCCAUAUUCAGAUGCUGACAGAUGUAUUUCUGCAUCCAUCAAAAGCGCCCGUCAAGUUGUCACCGGAAAAAUUUAUCGUCCACGAAUGGGGCACAUUCAGAUGGGGAGUUUUCAAUGAAUAUCCAAAUCCUGGUGAAAAUGAAUUUUACUAUUCUACUAUGUUCGGCAGAGCUGAUCCCAUUCGGUGUUGUAUAGGUUUAUUAGGAAGAGCAAUGGCUAGAUUUCCUAAUGGGACUAUGAGUGUUUCUGCAUGCAACUUUGUCAACGGACCAUUAGACCCCGUUACAGGUCUUUUGAACCAAAGGUGUACAUAUUAUCCAUACCCGUACCACAACAGAGGAUUCGAAUCAAUGAUGGAUCAUCAGUGGAUUAAAGAGAUAACUCAUUUUUGUGAUGAUCAAACGGACUACAAACAUAAUAAGUAUGGACAUAAUAGCGAAGCUCCUAACAUGCAAAAUAGACUGUGUGGCCAUCGUAGUACAAUGACUGUGAUCGAAGGCACAGCAGACUUCCGCAAUGGUCUGAACCAACCACAGAGUAUUUCUAAUCUAGUUCCAACGUUCAAGAUAGUAAAGGCGGCGAGGACAAAGAGAGCCACAAUUUACCUGGACGACGACACCUUGAGAUCAAAUCAGAUUGCAGACCAUGUUAUUUCUAUGCUUCCACAAAACACACGUGUUCUACUCAGACAUCCAAACCAACAUACGGGACAUCAUCUCAGAAGAAGAGCGGCCAAAUAUGGUGACAAGAACAUUAUAUUGAGUAAAGGAGUCAAGCAUAACACUUUAUCAGCAUUGACAAUGAAGACUUUGAAUUCAGAAUCAAGUACAGAUCAUUUGAUAGUCAUAACUUGUAAUGAUACUGCGAUUAACAAGCAACACCUGAGGAAAUCUAAUAUUUAUUUUGUAGAAAAUGGAUGUCCAGGACGGCCUAACAAACCAUAUACUUCCUUACAUGAAUUGUCACAUUUUAUUCACCAUUAUGAACAAGGACCAGUAUAUCUUUAUCAUCAAGAUAUUUCCUUAAGAGAAGGCAGAAUUUUUCAAGAUUCCUUCAUAGUGGAUGAAUAUUUGAAUGGAGUUUUGUCGAUUCGUGUUUCCUAUGACACGAAUCCGGCACCUCGGUUAAAACUAAUAGAUUCAAACGGGAAAAUGACGAAUGCUACAGAUGUCGAUGACAAAUUGAACGUGCUGCAUUUCACAGUCGACUCUCCGGAGAAAGGCAAAUGGAUGAUUACUGUGUCAACAACGCACUCAACUGGACAAAAUAUUAAUAUCAACGUGGCUGCAUCCUCGAAUAUUGCAAACUUUCGGCAUCCAAUCACCCUUUCUGCAAAAGCUGUACAACAACCUUAUAAAGAUGUGCACCGUAUAGCCGUGUUUGCAGAUGUUAGACUAGGCCAUCAUCCUAUGGUUGGGCUUAAAGUCACAGCAAUAUCACAAUUAGAUGGAAGAGCAUACAAAACAGACUUAUAUGAUAAUGGUUCUGGUGCAGAUAUACAGACUAGAGAUGGCAUUUAUUCCAGAUUCCUACCUUAUCAUCAGAAUGCUCAUGGAUUGAAAAUACAGGUGUCUGAUUCAUUCGGCAAUGGUCAUAUUCUGAACACUUCUCUUGUGUUCAAUGAAGAUGAAAUCGACCUUGAGGAAAGAUACGAAUCUAUCAAAACUCCUUUAAAACACGGUAUAAGUCGAGUAACUAUGAUUUCACCGGACAUAAGUAUACCACAUGGCAAUAUCAACAGAACAAGGAUACCUCCAGCUAGAAUACACGACUUGAAAUCACGUGGUAUGAACAAUGACAAGAUAAUAACACUGACAUUUACAGCAACUGGGGAUGAUCUAGACCAUGGAAGAGCGAACCAUUACGAAAUUAUGUAUGCACAUACGAGCCAGGAAAUAUUCAACAAAAGACAAUCCUUGGAUUCCCUUAAACACGUGCCACAGUCAGCUGUAAUAAAUGGCUCGCUCCAGUCACCACGUUCACCAGGACAACACGAGUUGUACAGAAUCAAUGCAACAAAACUGGCACCAAACCAGAACUCAUUUGCCUUUGUUAUUGUUCCUGUGGACGGAGAAGACAACAAAGGAGAUAUGUCCAACCUUGUAACAGCUGGAUCUCGCAUUCCCUGAAAUAAA